AGCUGUGAGACGAUGCCCGUGGCUCAGACUGCGCUCUGCCUCUGCCUGCUCACCGCUUUGGCUCCAGCUGUUCUGAGCGAGCACGAGACGCACCAGCAGCCCUGCGCCACGAGCCCCGCGGACACGGAGCAGUGCGCCACAUGCGAGGUCCGGCAGCAGAUCAAAACCAUGCGGCUGAACGCCAUCAAGUCCCAGAUUCUGAGCAAGCUGCGCAUGAGGGAGGCUCCGAACAUCAGCCGGGAGGUGGUGAAGCAGCUGCUGCCCAAAGCGCCGCCUCUGCAGCAGCUGCUGGACCAGUACGAUGUGCUGGGGGACGACAACGGGGACGUGGUUCUGGAGGAGGAUGACGAGCACGCGACCACCGAGACCGUCAUGAUAAUGGCCACUGAACCAAAGUCCUCGGUCCAGCUGGACGGGCAGCCGAAGUGCUGCUUCUUCUCUUUCAGUAACAAGGUGCAAGCCAACCGGAUCGUCGGCGCGCAGCUCUGGUUCCAGCUGCGCCCCGCGGACGAGGCGACCACCGUGUUCCUGCAGAUCUCCCGCCUGAGUCCGGUCGCGGACGGGACUAGGCACAUACGGAUCCGGUCCCUGAAGAUCGACGUGACUGCCGGGGUGAGCUCCUGGAGGAGAAUAGACGUGAAGCAGGUUGUGGCCGUGUGGCUGCGGCAGCCCGAGACCAACUGGGGCAUCGAGAUCAAGGCUUUCGACUCGAGGGGGAACGAUUUGGCCGUGACCUCCGCCGAGCCCGGAGAGGAGGGUCUGCAACCGUUCAUGGAGGUAAAGCUCUCCCAGGGCCCCAAGAGAGUCCGGAGAGACCCGGGUCUGGACUGUGACGAGAACUCUCCGGAGACCCGGUGCUGCCGCUACCCGCUCACGGUGGACUUCGAGGACUUGGGCUUUGGCUGGGUUAUUGCCCCGAAACGCUACAAGGCCAACUACUGCUCCGGGGAGUGCGAGGACAUGCACCUGCAGAUGUACCCCCACACCCACCUGGUGAACAAAGCCAAACCCAAAGGGACCAUAGGCCCCUGCUGCACUUCCACCAAGAUGUCCUCCAUCAACAUACUCUACUUUGACCAGAAUGCGCAGAUCAUCUACAGCAAGAUCCCCUCCAUGGUGGUGGACCGCUGUGGAUGCGCUUGA